GCUCUUCCUCUUCCUCCCGACCCUCUGCAACCCGACGAGCUCCCCAGCUACUGCCACCCAUUUCUGGCCGGGAACACCGGUAAAACUUGGGGAUUUCUCCUUCUUUUCUUGUUCUAGAACACCUAUUAAACCCAGAAUUUUCCAGGUCUGCUCUCUUCCCUCUGCCGCGAGCUCCCUGUUGCUGGGUGGGUGAAAUUUUCGGUCAUUUUGGUUGCCGUGAGUUCCUCCAUUUCUUUUCCCCGUCAGCUUCCUUCCCAGCCGGACCCGGUGCUGCUGCCGAAAUUUUCUGGUACUUGAUUAUUCUGCACUCUAGCACUUGGGAUUAGUGUUCUGUUUGGUGUAAUUUGAGGUAAGUAAAUUAUGGUAAUGCCCUUUGAUUUUAAAACAUGUUUUAAAUUGUUUUUGAGAUGGUAGCAAGGUUUAAAUCAAUUUUAUCAGCAUCUGAAUUUGAGAAUGCCCACAUGAAAUUUUUCGGUUUAUUCUUGAAAUUGAGAUUAAUGGUGAAUUAUGGAUUUUCUAUAGAUUUUGCAUGGUUUUGUCUCUGAUAUAAUCAUGAUUACUGACGCCCGCUAAUGGGAGUUUAUAAAUGCUAGCACAUGUCGACAUAUAUUUCUGUAGAACUGGUUCAUCUUGCCAAUGGGGUUAAACAUUGGUUAUUACUGACGCCUGUCAGUGAGAGUUGUUAAACACUGGUACCAUUACUGACGCCUGCCAGUGGGAGUUUGUUAAACAUCGGUACUAUUACUGACGCCUGCAAGUAGGAGUUUGUUAAACACUGGCCAUGACUUAUAGAUGAGACUACGGAUGAGUUUUAUUAUGCAUGAAUGGUUUAUCAUUGAAAGUUCUGUUAUACUUACAUGGUUUAUCUGACAUGCUUAAAUUUUUUAUCAAAGGCUAUCCAUAUUUUACUUACUGAGAUAUUUUAUCUCACCUAGUUUUUCCUUGUCCACCAUUUCAGGUAGUGAUACCCGACACAUGGGGAGUCGGGGGAGUAACGAGCUAGACGGCUAGGCAUUAUUUUGGAUUUAGAUCUUUUGGAGUUAGGCCGCUAGUCUCACAGGGUUGACCCAAAUAACCAUUUUUGUGUACAGAGUUUCCUUGGUUAUAGCCAUAACUGUUUAUAAAUUGUUGUACAUCUUGACUAGUACAAUUUUUGGUAAUGGAAAGUUAGAUUUUACCUGAGUUUUUAGAUUCGAAUUAUCCAAUUCAAAAAUUAAGAACUUAGUAAGUUCGGAGCCUUGUGCAUUUGUGGGACCCUCUCAUAAGUGCACGGCGUCUGCCACGUUCCCGGAUUUGGGUUCUGGGACGUGACAGAUUUGUAGCAAGGAUUGUUUGGGUUUAUCUUGUAAAUUGGUGAGAUUUAAGUGGCUCCUUUAAGCCACCCUUGUUUUUGUUUGUGAAAAGUGUGGAGGAAAUCCUUGGUAAGUGAAAUCAAAGUAGAGUACUAGAUUUCAAGUGGUUGGAUCGAACUUCUAUAAAAUCAUUAUGCAAGC